AUGGCGGUAAUUGACAAUAUCGCAGCGCCUGCUUCGGUGCUAUUUAUCGUAAUUUACAUUACAGUUUUUAUUUUAUCAACGGUUGGUAACACAUGGGUUUUGCUAACUUGCUACAAGACUUUAAAGAGAAGACAUUCCCCUUUUACGUGGUUAUUGGUGAAUUUAGCGACGGCAGAUCUCCUAUUUACUCUACUUUCCGCAUUUAACAUGAUUGGAUAUUUGUGGCGCUGGGUAGGUGGAAACAACACUUGUAAGCUUCAAGGAUUCUUUGUGGAGGCGAGCUAUACGACUUCCAUCAUGACACUUGUAACUAUUAGCUACCACAGAUUAAAAGCUAUCACAGAUCCAUUUAGUUCCAGAGCAAGAGUCUGGUACAGCAGAGAAUACCUUAAACCAGUUAUAAUUUGGGGAUUUAGCUUACUGGUCUGCACUCCUCUGCUGCAAAUCUACAGCGUAAAAACGGAGGACAGCAACGUUGCUUGUAUGACAACGAGAAAUGGAAUCAUUGUCCCGCAGAUUUAUUACAGUUUGCAUACGACAUUAUUCUUUGUGGCCCCGUUGUUUUACAUGAUUUUUACCCAAAUCCGAAUUCAUCUCGCUCUUCGCACAAGUGUUACACCAACGAGCAAAUUGUUCACUUCGCGAGCACAGAGACGACACAAAAAGGCAUCAAAGACACUUGCUGCACUAACUAUAGCAUUUAUAAUCUGUUGGUCACCUUUCAUGGUCAAUCGAACGCUAAUCUACUUUCGUUUAGCACCAAAAGGACUCAUUUGGAGGGCGUCUCAACUUUUAAUCUUUCUUAAUACCGGAUUGGAUCCUUUGUUGUACGGUUUGUACGACGGGGACUUUAAGUCUUUACUGCGAAGAGUUCUUUACAGGAACAGGGAUAACACAGUGAUAUCUCUCCAUCAAAAUACAAUAGAAUGAAAGGUAUACCUGAGAACUUAAUCUGUUGGACACAAGGCAUGAGCCCGUGGCAGCCACGAAGGAGUGUUCCAUGAUCUACACGAAUCGCAGCGAGUACGUUUCUUUAAAGAGGACAAAAGAAGGGAACAAAGAAAUAUGAAAGAAUUUUCCUGAUAGUAUAAAGAUUUAAUUAACACUGUCCUACCUAUAAUACGUAAAGUACACAACAACAUUCCCAGGGAUUAAUUUUCUGCUGAAGGAACCUCUGGAAGUUCACCCGAUUCCUUCUAAUUGUAGGAAUAAAAAGUUAAUGAGACACACCAUCGUUAAGAGAGGAAAGUUAGAAACGUGUGCUUCUUAAUCCAGCCAAGUUAAUGUCUAUUCCGAUAUUUAAAUUAUUUUUUGUUUCAUAUUGAAAAAAGGAAAGAAAAGCACCGCAUUUGGCUUGCAACCCUUAAUGAAACUAAAAAAUUUCAUCUACUGAUGUAGUAUAUUUUGUACGCGAAAGAUAAAUUAACAAAAACAGAUAAACAAGACAGAAUAAGACGGAGCAAGUUCAGCCGGAAGAAGUGACUUGUCUACAAUAUAUGUAAAUUUUGUGUUAAGAAAAGAUACCUCAGCGGUUUCAGAUAACAUGGUAAAAACCAAAUGUAUUCAAAAGUUAGCAAAAGUCACAAAAGUUAUGGUAAGUACAUUAUAUCACAGGUUUCAAGUGAAUAUCAGUAAAUAAUAUUUACCCUUACGAAGUUGUACCAUCGAAUUUACUGAUUUACAAGUAAAAGGAGAGUUAUUUCACUAAAGAUAAAACGCCUUCUCAUACUGUGAAAGGGAAAAAAUUGGAAAGGCGAGCGUUAUACUAAGUAUAUAACGAAAAAGGAUUUCUGCAGUAUAACCUUAAAUCAAGCUGCUAUAGAGUAAGGAUCAGGGAGAUAACCAAUAGCACCUGAUGAAUCUUAUCUAAUCUGGGACAUAUUGAAUAAACCAUCUAUUUAAUCAAUUCAUAAUAUAUUAAUAAUGUAGUUUCCUUAUGCCCAAGAGGUCGACAAAAUAGGAUAAGCGUUAAAUAACAUCCAAAACUGACCGUGAUUGGGUAAAGAUUUCGCUGAUGGAGACUUCAUAUUAAAAUCAACGUAAUUAGAAAUAUAGUUCAAUGAUUCCUCUGAUCAGUUGAUAAUGUUCUUUUGAAAACUAUGGUUGAAUAGUAAAACCAUUUGAUUCAAAUAAACCUUAAAAUUUGUAACUGCUUAGAGUCCAAAAUGAAAUCCAAUCGGCAGGAUUGUUCAAGGGUCCUUUUGAUCUAAAGUAAAUUUGACUAUUUUUUUUUUGAGGCUAGCUAAUUUUUAUGUAAAUUCAGAGGUGCGUUGAAAUAUGCCACUACCAUAAGUCACAAAGGUCUUCCAAGAUCGUCAACAAAUAUUUUGCGAAACGUUUAGGGCAUUAAAUCAAUCAGGAUCUUUUCGCUAAGCAUUUGGUGAAUAUUCACUGCCCAAUUAUCGUAACGUUGAUAUAAAUCAUACUGAUGUCUCAUUAUAUAGAUUUAUAUCAAACGUUGAUAUAAAUCAUAUAUCACCGGUUUCGAUCAAAUUGGUGGGUUGUGUGAAAGCUAACAUUACCUUGCACCCAACGGUUUCAAUCAAGUUCUGUUUCACAUCAUUUUAAAUUUUUUUUUAAAGAAAAGAAGAAAUGUUAGUUAUGAUAGUAACAUAUCAUUAUAUUUCACAUGGUCAGCUGGGCAGCUUGUGCCCAGAAAAACUGAUGUUUUGAAAAAAAAGUACAUAGUAUAACCAGAUGCUACAAUUUUGAUAAACAGAGUGAUAAACAUUACAAACAAUGCUUCACUUGAACUAUUCUAUAAAGCUGUCCAAAACUAGAGAUUAAAACUUAUCGAGGGCUUACAAUGAAAUUCACGGCUUUUUGAAUAAGCUUAUACACAAGGCACUUUCACAAGGUGCGGAAAUAGCUUAUAAUUAUGUUGGAAGAAUGAAUAGCGAUUAUUCUACUACAUCAUGCAUAUCUGUUGUCUUCAGAUUUGGUGCCAAUUAUCUAAAGAAAGGAUUAAGAAUGCUUAUCGUUCGGGCUCUGAUCGCUUUAAGAGAUAGGGCCGAGGAGAUUUCCAUUGAAAUUAAUUGAUAACAUCCAAUUUACAUGUCAGGAAAACACAUAAACUUUCUUAAUACUCCUGUUGUAACAGCUGCUUCGCAAAGUAAACAAACUUUCCUAAUGUUUCCUGUGGAUCCCAUAACUAACCUAGAUAUAUUCCGUUCCACGUAAACCACAAAAAGAGAAAAAAAAAACAAUCAAGCGAGGGUACGGACUUUUUAAUAAAAGAUCCAACCCAGGCAAAUUUUAGAAGCUCCUUUGUUAAUAACUUUAAUCCUUGUUUGGUUAGAGAUAUUGCGUGCUAACACCCGUAUAAAUUAUGACAAAAUUUCUUACCAAGUUAAUUUCCCUCUCAGUUGUGUUUGUAUAAAGCGUCGAUUUGAUCAUUCUUUUUUCAGCCAGAUUGUGUAACCGCCUUUUUCGAAAUUUUUCUUCACCACUUUUUUAUACUUGAAAGGCUGGUAAGGAGACCAAAGCUCUAAUUGUGGUGGUACGAAAUACGGACACAUCGGAUAUAUACAUGACAGACUUGUAGGUAUUGAUUGCAUUGAUCGUAUUUGCUUGGUGGUAAGGAGGAAAUUUUUUUUCUAGACGCGGCAGACUUCUGCCACACCCAAGGACAGCACAUGAUGUUUUUCUGUAUAAUUCGUUAUCCUCUUUGAAUUUAGAUCCAAGUCUAUUUACCUCUUCUUUUUUUCAGGAACAAAAAUGCUGAGCGAAUUUUAGUAAGUUGACAGCUUGUAAUACAAACCGGUUUGGUUAAAAUGAAAAAAAAAGGAUUCAGAACGGUCGUUGGGAAUCACAGAAACACACAUUGACUCUGAGCAAGGCAAGAAACGCUUGUUUAACACAAGGUUUGAAGAGGUAUUAAAUACUACACAUGGCAACGAGCGAUGGAUUUUCCAUAGCAUUAGUUGUCACAUUCACAUUUGUUUAUUUCCUAAUUUUCCUGUCGUCAAUCGUGGGGAACUCAUUUGUUAUUUGGCUCUGUUACAAACUAAGACGACAACGAGAGUCUUCUUUGACGUGUUGCAUCGCCAGUUUAGCAAUUGCAGACGUAACAUUUACUGUACUGACUAUUUUUGUCUUGAUACUAUUCGUGUGGACCUGGGUAGGAGGCGAGAUAUUCUGUAAACUAGUAAGCUUUGUAAUUGAAGCAUGUUACUCCACCUCCAUAUUGACUCUUGUUCUUAUCAGUUUUGAGCGUCUGAAGGCUGUGGUAGACCCUUUUCGUGUCAGACUCAUCACAAGGGAAAACAUACUACGAAAGUUAAUCGCCGUUUGGUCAGUUAGCGCAUUUGUCGCUUCGCCUUUGCUUUAUGCUUAUCAAACCCAAACAGAUAACACAGGAGCCGUUUCCUGCACGAAUACCAUGUUCGGGGAUAUGGCGCGACAGAUCUAUUAUACUAUUCACGCAUUUUGUUUCUUCCUUGUACCUCUUGUUUACAUGAUAGCUGUUCAGAAGAGAAUUUUUCUAUCCUUACGCUCAAGCGUUGCAUCAAAUACAUUUAACACCAUCUCGGCUUCCAUGGGCUAUAAGCGGCAUUACAAAGUGGCCAAGGUUUUGGCAGCACUUACAAUAGCGUUUGUAAUAUGUUGGUCACCUUUCAUGGUCACACGCACGAUGUUGUACUUCCAUCUCACUAGUGGUGGUUAUGUAUGGCGAGCGUCUCAAUUAUUGAUUCUGUUAAAUACGGUCUUAGAUCCAAUAUUAUACGGAGUCUACGGAGAAGCUAUAAUGAGACAAUAUGCUCGAAGUUUAUUCAAGAAAACAAGGCGGCCCUUGUUUAAUCGCGUGGACCCUCUUCGCGACAGACAAGAAAGAGUGCAAGUAACGGAUUCACGAGCCAUGGAACGUUGAUAAUUCAUAAGCGGUAUCUUGGGUUGGGUUAGCAAUAGACUGGCUUCCAACAAUUUUCACGGUGUUUUCAAACAUAACAUUUAGUAUGAUAUAUUCUUACGCUCUUCAUAUAGUCCUAUUGUACCAUAAACAUGCAGCUGUCGAUGGAGAACUUAAAAAAGGGCCAAAAAGCAGUCUUGGUAUAAUACCGUUGUACUUUGAUUAGUUCUGUGACACUUAAUAGAAACUGUCUCGUUAAACAAGGACAGAGAGGUGUGAAAGGUCAGCUAUAAAUUGUUCGGGAUAUUGAUAAAAAGGAUUAAAAAAAAAAGGUAGAAAUAUUUUACCCAAACAAAAAUGGCUGUAAGAGACAAUAUUGCUGGUACGGGUCGAGAAAGCGCAUGCAUCCUCCAUAAAUGUGCUGUGCUGUACAUCGCCAGUUGCAAUCAAAUUGGUGGGUUGUCUGAAAGUUGUCAUCACCUUGAAUUUCAGGAGUUUUACAAAAAUCACACACUCUUUUACUCUCGUUAACCUUGUAAAAAAAUGGUACUAGCAUGUAUUAGCAUAUAUUCGCCAGUCAUUAAACCUUACUAGAGAGAAUUCUAGAGUAUUAGUCACAGGUUCUGUGCAAACCAUAAAGUGCUUAACAAAAUGCCCCAGAGUUAGAGGUUUGAAUCAGAGAGUGUUGACCAUUGAAAAGGAGAAGGUGCUAUAGUAAACUGUCAUGAAUGUGAUGCAGUUGCAUAAUUCAUAUUGUGUACUUAAACUCCAUUUUUUUUGGGUGGAUUUUUUCCCUGAUACGAUUUUUGCGCGAUUGCUUUGCGUGCACAUAUGAAUCGCAGUGGAGAGUUUGCGCAUGGAUGCUUCUAACCCUUGAAUGUUUAAAAGGGGUAAGUUUUUUUUAAGAAACUGUGUUGCUGCGUCGGUGGGGGUAUGACAAGCUUGGCAGCUUGUGCUCUAAUGUUUGCUUAUUCAUCAUUUUUAAACUGAUCUUUUGUAAAGGAGUACAUAGCAUGACCAGAUACUACAAUUUUGAUAAAUAGAGCAAUAAACAUUACAAACAGUGCUUCAACUAUUCCAUAAAGUUGUCCAGAAUUAGAGAUUAGAAAUCGCCGAGGACUUACAAUGAAAUCAACGGCUUUUUGAAUGAGUUUACACUCAAUCACUUUACAAGGUGCGGAAUAGCUUAUAAUUAUAUUGGGUUAAUGAAUAGCAAUUGUUCUACUACAUCAUGCACAUCUGUUGUAUUCAGAUUUGGCAGCAAUUAUGUAAAGAAAGGAUUAAGAAUGCUUAUCGUCAGGUUCUGAUCGCUUUAAGAGAUAGGGCCGUGGAGAUUUCCAUUGAAUUCAAUUGAUGACAUACAAUUUACAUGUCAGGAAAACACAUAAACUUUCUAAAUACUCCUGUUGUAACAGCUGCUUCGCAAAGUAAAGAAACUUUCCUAAUGUUUCCUGUUGAUCCCAUAAUUAAGCUUAAUAUAUUCUAUACACGUAAAAAAAAAUAAGAAAAAAAAAAACAUUAACAAACAAGCGACGUUACGGACUUUUUAAUAAAAGAUCCGACUCAGGCAAAUUUUUGAAGCUCCUUUGCUAAUGACCCUUGUUUGGUUAGGGACAGUGCAUUCUAACACCCGCAUAAAUUAUGACAAAUUUUCCUUCAAAGUUAAUUUCCCCCUCAGAUUUGUUUACAUAAAGCGGCGAUUUAAAUUCUUUUUCCGGCCAGAAUGAGGUACUGUCUCUGCUGCAAUUGUUUUUGUCACCUUUUUAUACUUGAAAGGCUGGUAAGGAGACAAAAGUUCUAAUUGUGGUGGUAAGAAAUACGGAUAAAUUUGAUAUACGCAACACAGACUCGGAGGUAUUAAUUGCAUUGACCAUAUUUUUCUUGGUGGUUAAAAAAAUUUCUUUUCCAGACGCGGUAGAAUAUUUCUGCUACAACUAAGGCCAGCACAUGAUGCUUUUCUGUAUAAUUCCUUAUCCUCUUUGAAUUUUGAAUCGAAGUAUUUUUUCCUCUCUUUUUCUCAGGAAUAAGAAGACCAAGCGAAUUUUAAUAUGUUGGCAGCUUGUAAUACAAACAGGUCUGGUUGAAAUAAGAGAAGAUUCAGAACGGUCGUUAAUAAUCACAUACAGAAAUACACAUUGACUCUGAGCAAGGCAAGAAACGCUUGUUUAACACAACAUUUGAAGAGGUCCUGAAUACUACACAUGGCAACGAGCGAUGGAUUUUCCAUAGCAGUAGUUGCCACAUUCACAUGUGUUUAUUUCCUAAUCUUUUUGUCCUCAAUCGUGGGGAACUCAUUUGUUCUUUGGCUCUGUUACAAACUAAAACGACAACGAGAGUCUUCUUUGACGUGUUGCAUCGCCAACUUGGCAAUUGCAGACAUAACAUUUACGGUAAUGACCAUUUUUGACUUGAUAGUAUUCGUGUGGACCUGGGUAGGCGGCGAGAUAUCCUGUAAACUACAAGGCUUUUCCAUUGAAGCGUGUUAUUCCACCUCCUUAAUGACUCCUGCUCUUAUUAGUUUUGAGCGUCUGAAGGCUGUGGUAGACCCUUUUCGUGUCAGACUCAUCACAAGGGAAAAUAUGCUACGAAAGUUAAUCGCCGUUUGGUCAGUUAGCGCAUUCGUCGCUUCGCCUUUGCUUUAUGCUUAUCAAAUCCAAACAGAUAACACA